AUGUCGAAAGAGCAGCCUAUCAUUUCUGCUGGUUCAGGCUCUGGUGUAUCUGCUAGAGACUCAGAGCCAAUUCGUUUUGCACACCGUGCGAAUUUGGUUUCCCCCAAUGGACUCACACUUAUGGAAGACAUCAAAAGAAGGGGUCUCAACGAUGGAGUUUUUGAUGCCAUUGCUCUUCAAGACCUUCGCGAUCAGUAUCAAGCCCAGGGUGACCAUGGCAUCACGAAUGAAGCAUUCCUAGUGGAUCUUGCGGUGCUUGAGGUCGGUAUUUCAGGGGUUUUGGGGAAGUAUGGAUUACAAACUUCGUUCCUCUGA